GUCCAAACAACAAGGCGGGACACAUGUAUAGCCGCAAUCAUCAACUCAGCUCACAUCGCUGUUUUGCCGAUGCACCGAACCGCGCCCUUUGUGACGAUCUCUGAUUUCCAAGGCGUUGCUAGCUAGGCAUCGGAGGAGCAUGGCAUCCACCCCCGCGCUUCCUGGAGAGGAUGACGAGCCCAUCUUCAGCCUGGCGGAGGAUUGCGAGGCGUUUUUUCAGCAAGAGAUCUCCCGCCUCGAAUCCGAGGAGUCCAAGGAGCUUCGGCUCCUUGAGGAACACCAACAACGCUUCACGGCUUGGACGGCCUAUAUGGGCGUCUUUGCGAAGCGGAGCUUAUGUCUUGAUCGCAAACUCAGGCAUCAUCCAGACCUGCAAGACCUUGUUCUACGUCUGUUAGACAUCCUGAAGACAAACCUUUCAUACAUUCUCGACACGCAGAACACGCCGGAACCAGAACCCUCGGAGGAGUUCUCUGCUAAAAAUGAAGCAGAAUCUAGCCCGCAAGUAGUGGACAAGGAUGCCCUGGAGGCUAUUGACGGGGCCAUCGACCGGUUGAACCGUCUUGGUGUUGCCAUUCGACAGUCAUCGACCAGGAGGCUCACGGCCAGAGGUACCACCAAGGUGUCGGGCUUCCAUUCGUUCAAAGAAUUAGCGACACUUUUUGUGAAGACGACUUACCCAGGUGCUACAUAUGAGCUACAAGAUCAGCUUGGCAAAUCGAUGGCCGAGAGAUUCGAUAACGUGAUUUCCAGUCAGUCUCAACAUGCCGCCCGGGGGGAGCGACGGCGCAAGACCACGAAUACCUUGCAAUCUAUAGCCGAAGACAUGGAAUUUGAUGAAGAGCCGGCUGCAGAUGUACCUGUCCCGGAGGAGGCCCCAGCCAUGAACGAAGCUCAAUAUCACAGGAUGAUGACCGAAAGGACCGGCCAGUCUUCGUUAUUUCAAAGACGACACGACGCCCGGGGUCGCCGUUCAGAAGCGUCCAUGUCGUCCAUAGAUCGCCAAGUGCUUCAGCAGAAGAUGAGUGGUCAAUCCAACAUCGGCUCUCAGCAGCAGAAGAAGAAGAAGGAAACCUCGUCAAUUCAGAUCAAUCAAGUAGGAUACCCAAAAGCACCGCAGGUCAAGAAUAACCCCAACCGCAUCACCUGUGAGUGGUGCUUUGAGACAAAGGAACAGAAGUUCUUUGAAGGUGAUGAAUGGAGAAAACAUGUGGACAAUGACUUGAAACCGUACCUGUGCAUCUCAGAAAACUGUGCAGAGCCAACCUGCUCUUUCACCACAUUCAAUAAGUGGAAAGAGCACAUGCUCGCACAACAUGGCGUGAUGUGGCACCAGGACGUACACCCGCAAGCGACCUGGGUAUGUGCUGUUUGCCAUGAUCCUUCGGAAGGCUUCCAGAGCCCGCAGGCGCUCUACAGCCACAUGGAAAAUGCUCAUCACUUCACCGAGGCUCAACUCGAAGCCAUUGUGACCCAGAGCAAAGUACAGGGACGUAGACGGCCCGAUAUUUGCCCUCUGUGCUUUUUGCACGUGGAGGAGGAUCCCAGUAUCGCUUCCAAGCCAUCUACGGCUAGAGAACUUGUCAGAACUGAUGCGGGAAAGCGACAACAUGAGCCGCCAAUCCCAGAGAGUACGCCGAAGCGUGUCCGGACAGGCAGCAACGUAGGACAAACAUCGCCGCGUGAGCCGGACGUCGCUGCCAAGGCCCGGAGCAAUGAUGAGCUGACUGAAGCGGGUGAUCGAAAUUCGUCGCGCAUCGACUUGAUGGCACGGCAUGUUGCCGCCCACCUCCAGGGUCUCAUGUUUCUGACCAUUCGGCUUAUGUCCCUCCACAAUAACGACUCCAAAUCCGUCUCCAUUGCGAGUUCAUCAGCCGACAGCGGCGAUGCCUCAACGCGCAAGAUAACGUCUCCGGGUAACUCAGAGCCGGAGGCCGAGUCACCCAUGAGCAUCUGGGACCAAGAGUCGAUAGAGGACAGAGACGAGAGCGAGGACGGCGCCGACGAUAUUCCGGAUUCCAAGUCCGAUACAGACUGGAGCAGAGUUAUCCAAAGCAACAAACAACUAGAGGGGCCAGAGGCUUUGGGGGGGCUCUUGCACCUUUCUCACCCUGACGAUAUGGAUCUCGCUUUGAUAAAGUACCACUUCCCAGAUGCCACGAAAACCGUCCAAAUUCACCUGGCUCGUUCUACGACGAUACGUAGGCGGAAAUUACUCGACCAACGACACCACCAAGCUUGGUUGACGAUAGACCGACGCCGCCCCCCUUCUAUCCAAGAGGCCAUACUUGACACGGGCGACGAACCUUUCAACCGUCCUUCUACCAGAAGGCCAAGUAGACAAAUGGAACUAGUGCCGGGGACGACUGAUUCCUACAACCGGACCAACCCCACCUACACCUCGGCGCCUUAUAUCGAUAACGACUCCAAACCCAGUAGCGUGAUAUACUCGACAGCUCCUAGCGUAUCGGAGCUGGACGACGUGGUAUACCCACAACCGGUUAGAGUAUCAGAGAAGGGGGCCGAACACGUCUUCUGUCAGUAUUGUGGCCGUACAUUCCCAUCCUCUUUGCUCCUUAACAGCUCCUGGUGGAGAUCCCAUGUAACCGAGGAUGUGCAGCCAUAUGUGUGCCUCUUCAGCCGGUGUUCGUUCUUAUUCUUCUCGGAAUACCUAGAAUGGGCUGCGCAUAUGGAUAGCGUUCAUUCACCGAGCUGGAUUAGGCAGCUUAGCGGGUUCGCAUGUCCUCUUCAAGAUGAAUGUCAUACCGACGGCAAGACGAUACCUCACUUCGAGGAUCCAGAAACCUUUGCUCGGCAUAUUGAAACCAAUCACAAAGCUUACGUCGAAGCUACAUUCAGAAGCACCGCCGAUGCGGUGGCGGCCUGGAGUCAACCCGAAGGUUGUUGCCCGCUCUGCAAGAAUUGGUGCGGCUUCGUCCUAGACGGUGUACUGGAUCCAGCCCAACAAAUGGCGCUACACAUUGCGAACCACCUCAAGUUAACGGCUUUCAGACUCAGACUGCUGCCAUACGGCGAUGGCGAAAUAGAGGAUGUAGAUUCUAAAUCGGUUACAAACAUGGAGGCAGAUCGUAGCUUGCGUAGCGACGACCUAGACGACAUGUCGCUACCGCCACCGCGAUACUUCAUUCAUUCGGGCCGUAGUUAUACGGAGCGUAGUUAUACCGACCCUGUGCUCCAGUCGUUGCGAGGCAGACAGUCUACGAUGCAAUGGGGAGAAAUUGAAUUGCCGAUUGAGACUUCAAUUUUAGCAGAACUAAUCGUCGGAUCAUAUGCCAUAGGAGUAUUCGAUAACCCGCCUCGAGUCUUUCUACCCCAGUCCUUCCUCUCGGAGUUUAUAACAAAAGCUGCCGUUGCAGAGGAACUGGAAGAAAACCUGGAUAUUGACAAUAAUAGUGGCCUCAUCAAUUUUAUCGUUGACUCCGCGAAAAAGGUGUUCGCAACGGCUAUCAUCAGCGCCAUCGACGGCAGUAACCUUUACAUGUUAAUGAAAAGAUUCCAAGAGACCGAAUUUGACGAUGGUUGUUUGCCCCUCAAGAGAGACACCAUGUUAGCGCUGCCCUGUUUUCAGGGCAGGUUUUGGAACAAGCUCAGAACCCACAAGUUUCUUCAGAACCAAUGGGUCUUUUUAGCCCCGAUCUUUUCGAAAUCACAAUUCAAGAUAGAGCUAGAGCCAGAACAUAUCUUUCCUUUCACGUGGGUGAGCAAUGACGCCAAAGAAGGAACGUUCAGCAAUGUCUAUCAGGCCACAAUCCACGAGUCUCACCAAAAAGACCCAACCUGGACGGUUGAAGGCCACAAGGCCAAUGUUGCAAUCAAGGAGAUUAAAGAACUCGAGGAGGUCAAAGACAGCAUGCAUCCGGCCGCGACCGACGAGGAAGAAGUAUUCAAUAAGGAAUGGGAGGCUGAGGCAAGGGCAUUGGGUGACAUCAGUAGUCUCAAUCACCGAAACAUCGUUCAAUGUAUUGCCGCAAUUAAGAGGGGAAAGAAGCGUUAUUUCAUGUUCCAAUGGGCUGAUGGAGGCAGUCUUGGAGAUUUCUGGAAAGAUAACCCCCGUCCAAAUCUUGACCCUGGGUUUAUAAAAGAGGUAGUGUUGCAGCUUCGGGAGCUUGCGGACGCACUUCACGAGCUUCACAACUAUAAAGGGUCAUACCGCCAUGGCGAUUUGAAACCCGAGAAUAUUUUGAGGUUCAAAGAUGCAACUCGUGUCGGGGUGCUAAAGAUUGCAGGCAUGGGACUGGCGAAACAUCACACGGCCCUGACAUAUAUGCGGCCUCAGAGGAGCACACCAUACGGAACCGUGAGAUAUGAGCCACCGGAAGUGGUCACUCACAAAGCUUCGGAAGAAGGUAGAUCGCGUCUCUAUGACAUUUGGUCAAUUGGAUGCAUCACCUUGGAAUUUAUUGUGUGGCUGCUCUACGGUUACCACGACCUUGUGAAGUUCAACGAUAGCAUCAAAAGCUCAUUUGAAGAGUCUAGUCCGUACUUUAAGGUCGGAAAUGGCAACGUAGCACAAGUGCAUCCUGUUGUUCAAGCAUGCAUGGAUCACAUUUUCAAAGACCCGGAGUGCACUGGCAACGGCGGCAAUAUCGCAAUUCGCGACCUCCUCGACAUUGUCAAGACAAACUUGCUGGUCGUUCAUCUCCCACAACAUAGAGCAUUGAAUUUAGCAUCAAUAGGUGGCAAUGUUGCUGUUACCGACACAGACAGUCGUCCCUCCCCAACUUACCGGCAUAUCGGCCCAACUCGUGCCACCGCAUUCCAUUUUCGCAAGUUACUGGAUGAUAUGAUAGGUAAGGGAAAGGAAGAUGAACGCUACUGGUUUACAGGUAUAAGUCGAGAAAAUCUCAAAGGCCUUCCGUCUCGCAUGAUUUCGUCAAUAGUCACCAAUGACUUUCUGUCUUCGGAGUCUGCUAAUCGACCAAAUCAGCUGGUGGAUCGCACUGCACGCAUGAGGGACACACCAACACAGCCCGGACUAUCGGCGCAGCUAGCACAGCCCUCAAGACAAAAUCUCAGCAAUCUUUUGGAAUUCCCAGUCGACAAUAGCUUCGCAGAUAGUCUUUUCAACGAUCAAAAGAUCUCCCAGGAAUUGAUUCAAGGUUCGAAUAUUGCGAAGCUCUGUGGGAAAUGUUCGAAUAUGGACUUCUGGUUACCUCGGUUUCGGAUCGACGACACCUUAUCCGAACUGGAGCAAAACUCAGCGAAUUGUGACUUUUGCAAAUUCCGUUGGCAGCUUUGUAAGGACUUGAACUUGCAACGCGAAAGAUUUUCCUCAAUCCAAUUCGACAGACGCAAAUCUAUGCUGAGAAUGAGCACUUCGAUGGAAAGAGAUCCUCCUGUUCUGUCUAUCUGCAGAAGUCCAGAUCCAAAAACGCCUCUUUCGAUGCUUCCCAUUCAAAUUGGUUUGCCUCAGUUGCCAGCAGCUGGGAGUGACCUACAUUUGAGAAUCCUUCGGCUGUGGUUGAAGCACUGCGAUGAGAACCACCCUAGAUGCCGUCCGCCUGAGACGGCUAUGCUACCCACCAGGCUCAUUGACGUGGGAGCCAGUGCCUCCACAACCAUCAACUUGUACGAAACCCAAAAGGACGACACAAUGAAGUACAUUGCACUAUCUCACCCUUGGGGAGCACCACCGCACUUCUGUACCUUCACAUCAAACAUCGAGGAAUACAAGCAGAGCAUUGACUUCACCAAACUUCCAAUCACUUUCCAAAAUGCAGUCAGCGUGACUAGGGAGCUAGGCCAUCGAUAUCUCUGGAUCGAUUCAAUUUGCAUCAUUCAGGGUCCUGAUGGCGAUUUCAACAAGGAGGCCAUGAGAAUGGAGGAUGUCUUCAGCUCGGCACAUUGCGUCAUUGCUGCCAGCUCCGCCAAAGGGCAAAACGAUGGCUUCUUGAAGAAGCGAGAUGAGCGAGAACAUCUGACAUUCAUCCGAGAAGGACUACCGCCAUUUCAUAUCUGCAGCUUCAUCGACGACUUUGACCAGCAUGUGUUGGAAGGCUCUCUCAACAAGAGAGGAUGGGUGUUGCAGGAAAGGGCCUUGGCGCGACGCACAAUCUACUUCACUAACAAGCAAACAUAUUGGGAAUGCGGCGGCGGGGUGCGAUGCGAGACUCUGACCAAAAUGCACAAUAAUCUCGCUUCCUUAGUCGGUGACCCAAAUUUCCCUGAAAUUGCCAUCAAAUCCUCAAGAAGUGGGAAAAUCCGCCUCUAUCAAGCCCUCUACACCCACUACUCGCGCCUAAAAUUCACCCGAUACAAUGAUCGACCGAUUGCUAUUGCAGGCCUCGAGAAACGACUGAUUCGCGCUUUCGACACCAGAGGCGGAUUUGGCGUCUUCGAUGAUGGUCCUGGUCUCCUCCACCGCAGUCUAUUAUGGAGUCGUGGCUCGGACGAGGUAACUCUGGACAGAAUCACCCUUCCGGCCGACAGCCGAAUAAUAGUUCCCACAUGGUCUUGGAUGGCAUUUAAAGGCGGGAUCGACUAUCUGGAGUUGCCAUUCGACGGCGUGGACUGGGAAAAACUGGAGAUACGAUCUCCCUGGACACCUGGUUCUCGUGGAAGUUGGCAUACAGGCGACCAAGCUGGGGUCGUCGAGUUGAGUGCUAUAGCGCGAGAUUUUGACAUUCCUAGAGAGCAUAGGCCAGAGGCAAAACUCAUCUAUGACCGUCCGCCCAAGUCGGACGGCUCAAGUCAGUCCGUGAAAUGUGUUGUUGUGGGUAGGCGGAGGGAAGGUGCUGUCCAGAGCGAGCAGAAUCGGAUGCACUAUGUUCUUUUGGUCACUACGAAAGCUUCGCAGGUCACGGGAGAGGCUCUGGUUUGCGAGAGAGUUGGAGUUGGUCACUUCCUUGGCCGAUGGAUCAGAUUGGAUCAACCAGGCACCCCGGUCAAAAUUCGAUAGCUCAAGCUUCUCAACUCCUGGAGGCCUGUGGGGUCGUACGUUCCCCACACCUCUGGAUAGUAAUAUUGCCCAACAUAAAUGCAAUAAUCCUGGGCCCAGAUGCAAGUCAUUGUGAUUAAUACCGAAGGUGAUGUGCUUCGGACUGCUUAGCUGAUAGCUAACGAGAUUGAGGUGCGAGGUGCUCACAGUGUGAAUGUAUUAUUCCCGGAAUUAGGGAGCGCGUACCUGUACUCUGUAACGGAAGGGGUUGGGUUGGGCGUGGGCCAGAAGUGCAACGACACCCCCAUAUGCGUACAUUGUACAAAUACCACAGCAUGGAGCUGUAAAUUGUUGAACCAAACAUCCCUGCGGGUCGAGGGUGCAGAUUUACG